UGUACGUUCUUGGCGAGACACUACGUUAGCAAGCUACACUUUACGGGAUCGAGAAAUGAACAGAAGCGAAGCGCGUCCCCUCAAAGGCGCGUCCCCGCACGACAACCCUCCACACCCCCACCACUCGACAAAAACACCAUGGCCGAAGCUACCACCCUCACCGACCCUACCGAUUGGAAAGGCACCUCCCUCCAGGCACUAGAACACCUCGAUGCGGCGCUUCGGUGCGAGGUCUGCAAGGAAUUCUACAACGCGCCUAUGAUCACACACUGCUGCCACACAUUUUGCUCGCUAUGUAUCCGGCGGGCAUUCCAUCGCGACGGAAAGUGUCCUAUAUGUCGAGCCCAGAGCCAGGAGUUCAACCUGAGGAAGAAUACGACUGUACAGGAUGCGCUGGAUGCGUUUGUGGGAUGUAGGCAACAUCUGCUAGAGCUUGCUACGAAGGCGAAGGUGCCGGAGAGGGCAGUGGAACAGGAAGUGGAGGCGGAAGAUGGAGAUAUCGAGAUGAGUUCGCAGAGAUCACGGAGGUCGCAGCGAAAUCGGCCGCCACCUCAGCCCCAACAUCCAAAAAGAACAGUGGUCGAAUGCAGCGAGGAUGAUGACGAUGCCUAUAGAGAUAGCCCGUCUCCUCCACCAGACGACGGCUUAGUCCCCUGCCCGAUCUGCCAGAAACGCAUGAAAGAAGCCUCGAUAAACGCCCACCUAGACCAAUCCCACUUUUCCGACGAUAAGAAGCGAUCUACACCCCCAUUGACAUCAUCACAGCCACUGGCUCCAGCCAAUCGUCCAGCCCGCACCACCAAUACCCGCUCCGCUACCGCCGUUCCAGAAGAUAUCGAGCCUCUCCCGAAACUCACCUAUAAUUUUCUUUCCGAAAAGAAGCUGCGGCAGAAGCUACGUGAACUCGGUAUUCCAGAUCACGGGAGUCGAAAAUUGCUCCAGGAGCGACAUACUGAGUGGACCAGUAUCUACAACGCCAACCGUGACGCAACGCCGCUGUCUCGAAAGAGUAAGAAGGAGCUGUUGAAGGGACUGGCUACUUGGGAGACGGCACAUACCAGGCCGGCGAACGAUAAAUCCAAGGCGCCGGAUUGGUCGGCGAAGGAAUGGGCAAAGACGCAUGAUGAGGACUUUCUAUCGUUGAUAGAGCAGGCAAGAGAGAAUGUAAAGAGGCAGAAGGUGGAGAAGGGAGAGGAGAAGGGAGAGGAGAAGGAAAAGGGAGAAACCGGCGGCGGUGAAGAUGAUAAACCAUCACCGGUGAAACCCAUGGAGAAACCCCCGUCGCCAGAACCCUUCGGCUGGACAAAUACUGGAGACUCGUCUUCCCAAGUCGGUCGGUACGCAGUACACCAGGUAGCAGUGUCCAGCUCAGGAUCAUUUCCUCAACACUCACCACAGUUUCCCGCCGGGUCGUUUCCUCAACGCUCGCCACAAUUUCCCGCCGGAUCAUAUUCUCAACGCUCGCCACAGUUUCCCGCCGGAUCGUCAAUCGUCAAUCGAUACCCAGCAUCGCAACCGCCAGCAGUAGACUUAACCGGCCCCAUACAACCAAUGCUACGUCCGCAGGACCCCGAGUCGACAGCACAGCAGGACCACCCCUAUCUCCAUUCCGCAUUCCCAGUUUAUGGGCAACCGCCGUCAGUUGAGACUGGGCGUUUGCCUCCGCCCCUACCAUCGCCGCUAUCGUCGAGUCAGCCGACGGAAGGGAAGCGGAAAUAUUCUAGCAUUGAAGAGUCUACGCUAACGGGGACGACGUGAGGGGCUGUAUUUACCUAGCGUUGCAUCUUCUGAACUGCAAUCAUUUUUUAAUAGUUAUUUCUUUCGUACGUUCCAGAGUAACAUCGUUCUUUCGUGUACUUGGGCGUUCUAUUUUUUUCUGGUGUAUAAUAUAGCAAGUAGACAAGCAUUGCUGGGAAGGAAGGAAAAUCACUUGGGUGGGCUGAGGCCGGGGCAUUCUUUUUGGAUGAAUAUGA